UGUGCAAGAUGGACUCGCUGCUGACUUCAGGGCAUUGACAAAGACUCUCUAUGAUCUGAAUAAAGUGCUGGGAAGGAAUGUAGUUCGUGGGAGUCCUCUCAAAGAACUGGUGAUAGAAAAUUUUGAUGAAGAACAGAUUUGGCAACAACUAGAGCUCCAGAACAACACAGUUCUUGAUUUCUUCGAGAAAUCCAUUGCAAGGGAUGCCAAGGAUGGAGAUCUUUCCCUUCUUUCAGACCAGGAAGAGGAUGGCUCUGAUGCAGAGACCAGCAGUGACAAGGAAUUGGAAGACAACAUAAUGGAAACAGAAACUGAACAGGAGAAUAUUCACACAAAAGAUAAAACUAAAGCUAAAGAAAAGCAGGGUAAAUUCAGAGAAAGCACCGUACAGAAAUACAGUGAUGAGGAUUCUGAUAUUGACUUUGAUAUUGAAGCACUGGAGAAGCAAAGUAAAACAGCCAAGAAAACCACACUGAAAAAAAUGGGAAGAAAAUCUGUAGUGGAUGACAAGUUUUUCAAGCUGGCUGAGAUGGAAGCUUUUUUAGAACAUGCAGAGAAGGAAGACAGGGAGGAGGAGGAUGAUGAUAUUGAUUAUUUUGAGGACAUUGUCUCAGAUGAUGAGGAAGAAGAGUCUGAAGAAGCUGAAGGCAAACCAAUUAAAAGUUCCAGAGAUGUGACGUACAAAGAUUUCUUUGAUCCAGUUGAUGAUGAUUUAGAAGCUAAUAAUGCUGAAGAUGAUCAGGAAGAGGAAGCAGACAGUGCUAUUGAAGAGCAAAAUGAAGAAAGCAUGUCUGAGUAAGUAGAUGAUAUGAAUGAAAUGGUGGAGAAUAUGAGAGGUAAAGAAGCAUCUAAAAAAGUUACUUUUAGUUUGCCAGAUGACAGUGAAACAGAAGACAUAACUGAUAUGCCACUUGAGAAGGGCAUUGAUCCCAGUGAUAUAAAGUCAUCUUUUGAGAAGAGACAGGAGAAGAUGAGCAAAAAAAUACAAAGUUUAGAAGAAAUGUUGUUAGAGGAGAAACCUUGGCAGCUCAAAGGAGAAGUGACUGGCCAAAAACGACCUGAGAACAGCCUUUUGGAAGAAACAGUGCUUUUUGAUCAUGCAGUUCGAAUGGCGCCUGUGAUCACUGAAGAAACAACUUUUCAGCUUGAAGAUAUGAUUAAACAGAGAAUAUUGGAUGAGGCAUGGGAUGAUGUAGUACCAAAACAGAAACCAAAAGAAGAGGCUUUUGAAUACAAGAAACGAAUCACCUUGGAUCAUGAGAAGAGUAAGCUGAGUCUUGCUGAAAUCUAUGAGCAGGAAUACAUGAAACUACACCAGCAAAAGACUGAAGAGGAAGAAAAUCCUGAACACAAAGAAAUUCAGGGAAUGAUGGAUUCACUCUUCCUGGAGCUGGAUGCACUUUGUAACUUCCACUUCAUGCCCAAACCACCCGUGCCAGAAGUUAAAAUAGUCUCAAACCUUCCAGCAAUAACCAUGGAAGAAGUAGCACCUGUUGCUGUUAGUGAUGCUGCUCUCUUAGCACCAGAGGAGAUCAAGGAAAAGAACAAAGCUGGUGAUGUAAAAACAGAUGCAGAAAAGACUCCCACAGACAAAAAACGAGAACAAAGAAGGAAAAAGCUUCGGAAACGUAUGAAGCGAAGGGAAAAGGAGAAACGGCAAAAGCUGCUUGAAAAGAUGAAACCAGGACAAGGCACAAAACUUAGCAAAAAAGCUGCUGCAGCAAAAUUGAAAAGGCUUACAAAAGAAGGCAAAGCAUCUCUGCUCAAGGAUGAAGGUAAAGACAAGGCCUUGAAAUCAUCCCAGGCCUUCUUUUCUCAGCUACAAGAUCAAGUAAAAAUGCAAAUCAAAGAAGCAACCAAAUUAAAGAAGAAACAGAAGAAGGAGAAAACACUCUCAGUUCAAAAACUGAAGUUGUAAUUUACCUUUUUAUAUAUGUUAUAUCUUGUACAUGUUAAAGUGUUCCUGAAU